CUGCGCAGCGUCGUGUAACACUCAUCGGGACCGCGAGAGAACUGCCAGACAGUGCCACCAACAUACCACCUCUUACACCAUGCUGGAGAAGGCUGUAGGGAGACGGUGAGGGGAGGAGGCAGGGAGCUGCACCGUCAACUCACCCACCCACUUAACAUGACUGGCAACUCUAGCAUUGUCCCGCGGCCACACACACGAGUCACCGACUCACUACUCACCACACAGCCACCACACCGCCGCCCUUGCUGCUGUCUGUACUUCACUGUCAAGGUUACGAGGAGAGGAUAGUGUGGGUGUGUGUGUGGGGCAAAGUGCAUUGGUCAACCGGCAUACUCUGGAAGAACGUUGCUUUCUAAUAGUUUCUUCUCUGAGAUUCUGCGGGAGACAAGAGGAGCUGUGAUCCGUCAAGAUGAAGUGGGUGGUGGUGGCUGUGAUGCUGGCGGCGGCGCUGACGGUACAAGCAUCCGAUGAUACUAACUCUGUGCAGGCUCAUCAAGGACAUCUGUGGGCGGUGCUGCUGGCUGGCUCCAACAGCUGGAUGAAUUACCGACAUCAGGCAGACGUGUGUCACGCCUACCAAAUCCUGCACCAGCAUGGCGUGCCAGACGAGCGUAUUAUUGUCAUGAUGUAUGAUGACCUCGCCCACAACGAAGAAAACCCAACUCCUGGUGUGGUGAUCAACCGACCUGAUGGCCCUAAUGUAUACCCAGGUGUGCUUAAGGACUACACAGGCAAGGAUGUCACCCCCGAGAACUUCCUGAAGGUGCUGCGGGGAGAUGCUGAGGGUAUGAAGGGUGUGGGGUCUGGCAGAGUGCUCAAAACUGGUCCCAAUGAUAGGGUCUUCAUCAACAUGGUGGACCAUGGUGCUCCCGGCCUCUUUGCCUUCCCAGAUGAGAUUCUGAAUGCCACUGACCUGGCUGACGCACUGCUUGACAUGCACACAAACCAAAAGUACCGUGAGAUGGUGUUGUAUGUGGAAUCAUGCGAGUCUGGCUCACUAUUCAAGAACCUCCUGCCAAAAGACAUUAAAGUGUAUGCCCUGAGUGCAUCAAGCCCCCACCAGCACUCAUAUGCCUGCUACUUUGACGACUACCUGGGCACCUUCCUUGGGGACGUGUUCAGUGUCAAGUGGAUGGAAGACUCAGACUUGGAAAAUCUUCAUCAGGAGAGUCUGAAAGCACAGUUCCUGCUGGUGCGGAAGGAGGUGAACACCUCGACUGUCAUGCACUGGGGUGACCUCAAGCUGGGCAGCCAAAAAGUGUCCAGAUUCCUCGGUGCUAGGAAGCCUCACAGCAAGCCAGCUCCUCCAAACUCUGUGGAUUCUUCCUAUGAUGAUCCAUGUCUGAAGACCUCAGUGGCCAACCCUGAUGUACCACUUGCCAUCCUGCAAGCCAAGAAACGCAAGGCUGAGACUCAUGAGGAACAACAACACUGGCAAGAGCAGCUUGAUAUCCUGCAUAACAACCGCCUGACCCUGAAGAUGGCAAUGUGGAACCUAGCAAGGGCAGUGACAGGGCAGGAGGAGAAGGCAUCACACAUGCUGAACACCCACCAUCAGCAUGACAUUGUGCGCUGGUCCUGCUACCUGGACUCUGUGAGGAUUGUGCACACCCACUGCUUCAAUCUGGCACAGAACGUGUAUGGCCUGCGACUACUGCACACCCUGGUCAACCUCUGUGAGCAUGGCUACACUGCUGCCCAGGUCCUGCAAGCCACUGCCUCUGUGUGUCCCGUUGCUGUCAGUGGUGUAAUGUAAGAAAGAACCUUGUGCUGGAUGAUCUGAAGACCUACUGCUACUGCUCACUCAUGCCAGGAGAGGAGAGGAUUUAAAGUUAAUGGUAAUGUGAUGAAUUGUAGUAGGAGGGAGUGGAAAAUAGUGGUGUCUCUUUCUCUUUCUUUCUUAUAUAUAUUUUUUUUCUUUCCUUGUCCUCUCUAGAGGUCUCUCUCUCUCUCUCUCUCUCUCUCUCUCUCUCUCUCUCUCUCUCUCUCUCUCUCUCUCUCUCUCUCUCUCU